AAUCAUCCAUCACAACAUUGGAAAAUGGAGAGCGAGACUAACGUGUCAGAAUUUGUUAAUUCUUGCUUUGGAGACGAUAUCAAGUCUUUAGAUAAAGCCCACGAGCUUCUUAAAUAUGCAAAAGAAGAACAUUCUUCAUUGGCAUUCCAGGUAUCAUCUGCAAAUCAAGAGACACCUUCCAAAAUCCAAAAAGUGUUGCAAGAUGCAAGUAUAGCCAAGGAACAUGUUGAAGUGUUGGCACAACAGCAUUUGCAAGUUAAGGAAGAUGUUGUGAGCCAUUUAGAAAAAUGUUUGCCAUUGAUGGAUACUCUGACAAGUAUGCUGAAGAAAGUGAAAGAUCUAGAGAAAUGUAUGCAAUAUAUGAAGUGGUUGGCUCUUGUUAAUAAUUUAAGUUCUGAGAUUCAAGGAGCAUUGUUGGUGAAUACAACUCCAUUCCAGUUUCACAGUGCCAAAGUUCAACAGUCAAUAACUGCAGGUGCCAUGCCAAGUGCUGUCAAUCAUUUUGUGACCUUGGUUGAAAUUAGCAAAAUAUUGCAAAACUCAAAGUGCUACAAUCUAACACAAUUUAUUCAUUCUACAAUAUUUUUUUGGUUCAAUAUAUUGAAAGAAAAGCUUUCAAGUGAAUUUGAAGAUGUUUUGACGGCUAUGGGGUUGCCUAUUGUUUCCAAGGUAACAUCACUUCCACCGAGUACAGCAGCCAAAGAAGAUCUGCAAAGCAAAUUGGACACAUUAUGUACACAGCUUUUAAAGUUGCAAUUACCUGAAGAACUUGAGAUUGAGUUGAUUAAUUCUGAGUCUCCAGCUGGACACAAAACAAUUAUUCUUCCCAUCCAAUUGCUUCUCAAACCUCUCAAGAAGAGAUUCCGAUUUCAUUUUUAUGGAAAGAAACAAACAAAUAAUCCAGAAAAGCCUGAAUUCUAUUUUACACAAGUACUGAGCUGGAUACGUGAUCAUGGUGAUUUUCUUGAUACUCAGAUUCAGCCAAUAUUAAAUAGGGAACAAAUUGCUCACAUAUCUGCUAAGAUUGAGUUCUGUCGUGGACUAAUUCAAGCAGUUGUAGCCAAAGCGGAACAUGAUAUUCCUGAACUCAUAUAUGAUGACCACCUGUUAUCUCAUUUUAUUGAUGAACUUCUGUCAUUUGAAGCUGAACUUCGUUUUAAUCACGGAUAUCCAGCUUGGCAGCCAAACUGUAUUCAUGUUCUUACUCAAAAUGACUGCUUUCAACGAUGGCUUGCAAUUGAAAGGAAUUUUGCUCUUGAGAAGAUAGACAACUUGCUGAGUGACAAUGGGGCAUGGAGUUGUCAAUACAGAGACAUAAGUGAUGUUGAUGAUUUAAAAGUGCCACAGUGUGCUGAGAGCUUUGUAACACUCUUAUCAGUUAUAACAGACCGGUACAAGACCAUCCCCUAUCCUAGCAAUCAACUCCAGUUUCUUGGUCUUCAACUUGACCUGUUGGAUGACUUUCGUGUACGAUUACUUCAAGUUGCUAAACAGGAGGCCCGCAAUCCACUCAGCACUGUCUACUGUGCAAUAAUCAACUCGGUGAAUUAUGUUAUAAGAGUACUGGAAGAAUGGUCAGAUCAAUUGGUAACUUUAAAAUCCACUGAUUAUGAAUCAAUUAUGUAAAUUAGCAGAUGUGAUUACUAAAUUAGUGUUAAUAGUUCAUAAACAAAAUUAUUGUAUAAACAUCUUGUCCAUGUCUAUUGUGUGC